AAUAUUAGAAGGGGUAAAUGGAGAGGGGCCCAUGCCUUUUCCUUCGUUUGGCAUGCCAAUUACCAGACCCUCUUAUUUUCCACCCCCUCUUCGUUUUCGCGAGUUCUAGGGUUUCUUCGGUCUUACUUUUGGGCUCCUCCUGAGGUCCCCAAAUUUAAUCCGGCUGUGGAGGGGGGUUUUGUGGACGAAGAUACCCCUCGUUAUCCCCUUUUCCCACCCCCAGGCCUCGUCGCUUUACCAUUUCUGUUGCUGCCCUUUUCUGGUCUGUGGAGGAGAGGGUUUGGUGGCGAUUUGGUGGCGAUUUGGUCGAUUUCUCCUUCUGCGAACUCAGCAAUGGAUACCCAAGAAGGUCAUAUGCCUACAAGAAAGGCUGCAAAGACGCGUAGGGUGUGGAGGAAAUCCGAAGAGGAUGCCCUCAUGAAAUGCAUGGUCACAGAAAUCGAUGACAAAUGGAGGGCGGAGAAUGGGUUCAAACCUGGGUUCUUCACCGUACUUGAGAAAGAGAUGGACAAGGUCAUGCCGGAGAGCAAACUGAAGGCCUCCCCCCACAUUGACUCCAAAGUGAAGUAUUGGAGACAAACUUAUGCCAAAAUAACGGACAUUCUAAAACUUAGUGGGUUUGGGUGGGACCAUGUUAACAAAAGGAUUGAAGUGGAUGAUGAAGUUUGGAAAAUCUACGAAGAGGCGUACCCUAGGAAGGCCAAAGAGGUUGGUGGGAAACGUUUCCCUUAUUUUGAGGAUUGGGAAUUCCUAUUCGGAAAGGAUAGGGCCAAUGGAGAAGGGGCGGAGGUUCCUUCGGAAAUGGCGCGAUCGCAAACAAAUGAAAAUGCAGCCCAUAAUGAAGACAUUGAGGAGAAUGAGGAUUGCUACUAUCCAUACUUCGGUGAAGAAUUUCAUGGCACCCCCACAAGUGGACUCACGGGAAUGCCCAAUGAGAUUCCUUUGGGCUCGACACCUCCGGCCUCCACACCUCCGGCCUCCACACCUCCGACCUCCACACCUUCGCUCUCUACGUCUUCACACUCCGCACGUCGUACGUCACUCCCGACGUCCACUCCUCGGACCUCCACACCUCCGGCUAAUGCUGGAACUCAAGGGGGAAAAAGAGGACACGAAUGGGUGAUGUGGGAUCCCUUGCUGCUAGCAUGGAGGUAUGGCUCGAGAAGAGUGAUAGUCAUAUGGAGAAAAUCACCAAUGCAAUGGGGUAUUCGAAAGACGUAUCCGCUCGCCGCACGCAAGUGCCGCAGGAGCUUGAAAAGCUUAACUUGACAGAUACCCAAAGAUUUAAGUUAGGUGCCAUCAUUUGUGCAGCUGAAGACAGGUUGGACCAAUUCUAUGGCAUUCGUGAUCACUUGAAACAAGCUUGGGCUGAGGCCGUCCUAGAUGGUAUAGUCUUUGGUCCCGUGUAGGCAUGACGGGGAGGAAGUAGACUUGAAGUUUUUGAAUUGGCCGAUCUAUAACUCCUAACCAUAUAUGGCCCAUUUUUUGACGUGGCCGGAAAAUCACUCAUAUGCAUGUGGUCCCUUAUUUUGUAACA